CGGGUUUGGACCUGAUGACGAGGACUCAUCCACCGAUCUACAUCAAUCGCAUCGUGGAAUUAAUUCACAAACACAAUCGGGUGGCAACACUAAUCAAGGUAACACCAUACACGAAUUGGAUACAAAUAACAUUAAUAGCCAGCCGACAGAUACUAAAGUGAUCGAACAUACCACAGGCAACGAAGUACUCAUCAUGAAUACCAGCGACGACGAUCGAACGGCGAGUUUCUUCGCACAGCCGGGCAUCUUGGCAGCUGUCAUCGGUGGCGCUGUUGUCGGCCUGCUUUGCGCCAUUCUCGUCGUCAUGUUCAUCGUUUAUCGCAUGCGAAAAAAGGACGAAGGCUCCUACGCACUCGAUGAACCAAAACGCUCGCCGGCGGUCAAUUCCUAUGCGAAAAACGCGAAUAAUCGAGAAUUUUAUGCCUGAGAUAAUUCCCAACGUUACUAGAGAGUAGAAAAGGUGAUGGUCGAGUAGAAGGGCGUUGAGCUGGAGUCAGGACGAGGCAGAUGGAAAGCGCCGAAUGAGAAAAGCAGCAAUGGGAGAAGAAAGAGGAUAUAAAUAAAAAAUAAGCGAAUAAGUAAAUAGUGAAUAGUGAAACAAACAAACAAAUAAAAAAGCAAAGAAAGCAGCAGCAAAAUAAAUUAUAAAAAUGUAUGAAACUGAGGGAUAACGAAAAUGUAACCCUUUUGUUUUUGUAUAUUUUUGAAGAUUUUUAAUUGUAUGAAUUGCAGCAGAAUUUUGAGAUGAAUUGAGUUACACGUGGACACUAACACAACGUUGCUGUAUUAAAAGUGUAGGUAUAAAUAUGGGAGACGCCAAAUGCAGCAAAAUAUAUGCAAAGGAUAAUAAUUGUUUUUUGAAAGGCAAAACAAAAACAACAACAAAAACAUUAAUGAACAUGAAUGCAUAACACAAUUAAGUGUAAGGUUUUUUGUGAACUUAUAAAUUAAGUUGAAAGUUGGAGUUGAAGUUGAAGUUGAAGUUUUGUGGAGGGAAGUGAAUGUGAAAAAAGAAACAGUAGCAAAAAUGGAGUAAACAAGAAAAUGUUUUUUUUUUUUCAUUCGUAACCAUUAAGUUAUUUACAUUUAAGUAACGUAAACAAUAACCAAUUAGUUGCACAAGACAACAGCUACCACAAGAACAACAACAAAACAAAUUUCAAAGCAAAUGAGAGUACUGAAAAUAGAUUGUAUGUAAAAAACUGAUGCUGGAAGGCGCGUGCAAAAAUAUCAAAUUUAUUUUAAUUGCAAUUUUUUAUUUGAAAAACAUUAAGAAAUUACGAAAGUAUACAAAUGGAAAGCAAAAUGAUUAUAGACUUAGCGAACAUAAUACAAAAAAAAAAAAAAACAGAAACAGAAACAAAUACAAGAGUUAAACACAUGAACACAUGAAAUAUAUUGAGAAAAAAUGUGUGAAAAAAUAUAAAUUUAAAAAAUAUGCGUAAAUGGUAAAUGAAAACAAACAAAUACUUUAAAGCGGGACACUUUUCAUAAAUGUAGCAAAAUUUAAAUACAAUGAGGGAAACAAGAAAAACAAAACACAUAAACACAUACAAACAAGAAUGAAAGCAACAACAGCUGACACGACCAAACACACGCCGUGCUAAUCACACACGCAUACACACACACACCUAUUUAAUUAUUUAAGUAAAUAUAUAUGUAUAUGUGAAUGUGUGUGUAAAACUAAACACUCGAAAUAAUAGGAAACAACAAAAACAAAAAUGUAUGUAAAAUUUUAGUACCGACAAUUUUGAAAAAAAAAAAAAAUAUUAAUAAAAAUGUAAUAUUAACACAAAAAAUUUAAUAUUGAAAAUAAAUAUUACGAAAUACAACAAAUUAAAAUAACUGAAUUGCUAGUAACAAGUAUUACGGUAAUGAGAAAGCAAAUAAAUUAGUUGAAAAGGCGAAAGAAGAGUAAUCGUAAAAUCAAUAAAAUAAAAUUUUGUUAAUCGAAUAAAAUUUUAAGAAAAAAAUAUUGAAGAA